CAGUGUACUUAGCACCAUUUUAUCGUUUCAAAAGGAAGCUAGGGUGCGUGUGUCAUCACGAGUUCUUCCAUCAUCUUUAACAGCAACAUCAAACAAAUAAGCAAGAAUGUCCCACGAAGACACGAAUGCGUCCAAAUGGAAGAAGAAAGCGUUGAGUGAAAACACACUCUUUGGGAUGGGCAAUCCCCUACUGGACAUUAUUGCAGUGGUGGACAAAGACUUCCUCAAUAAGUACGGACUGAAGCCCAACGAUCAGAUCCUUGCUGAGGACAAACACAAGGCCUUGUUUGAAGAAAUUGUCAAGAGGAAAGAAGUUGAAUAUCACGCCGGCGGUUCCACGCAGAACUCGGUGAAAAUCGCCCAGUGGAUGAUCCAGAAGCCCCACAAGGUGGCGACCUUCUUCGGCUGCAUCGGCACUGACCGCUUCGGCGAGAUUCUGAAGAAGAAGUCGGAGGAGGCGCACGUGGACGCCCGCUACUACGAGCAGAGUUGCGAGCCCACCGGCACCUGCGCCGCCUGCAUCACCGGCGACAACCGGUCCCUAGUGGCCAACCUGGCGGCAGCGCAAUGCUACAAGAAGGAGCAGCAUCUGGACCUGGAUAGCAACUGGGACCUGGUGACCAAAGCCAAGGUCUACUACAUUGCAGGCUUUUUCCUGACCGUGUCUCCGGAGUCCAUGCUGAAGGUGGCCAAGCACGCCUCGCAAAACAACAAACUCUUCUGCAUAAACCUGUCGGCGCCUUUCAUCUGUCAGUUUUUCAACGCCGCCAUGAUGGAGCUCAUGCCUUACGUGGACAUCCUGUUUGGCAACGAGACGGAGGCGGCCACGUUCGCAAAGCAACUGGACUUCCAGACGGAUGACAUCGGCGAGAUCGCCAGGCUGGCCAGAAACCUGCCCAAGGACAACCCAGCCAGGCCCAGGGUGGUGGUCUUCACGCAGGGCAAGGACGACACCGUGGCCACCACCGGUGAGAAGGUGACCAUGUUCCCCGUGCUGGACAUCGACCAGAACCACAUUGUGGACACAAACGGAGCUGGAGACUCCUUUGUCGGAGGGUUCCUGUCAGCGCUGGUCCAGGAGCAUCCCCUGGAGGAGUGCAUCCGAGCGGGACACUACGCCGCCAACGUCAUCAUCCGCCGAGUGGGCUGCACCUUCCCGGAAAAGCCCGACUUUCACUAGACCAAUACGCUCGUGCGUGCGUGCGUGCGUGAGCCUCGGGAUUUUAUGUACGUACGUCGUUUUUAUUUUCUACUCACAGUAAGCAUCCUGGGAGCAAGCGCUAAUAAAUGUCCACCCAAUGGUGCUUUUGAGUCAAACUCUUGAGUGUACGCAAAACUCCCAAGUAGAACCGCAUCUGUUUAAAUAAAAUAAACCUCAAAAGCC